AUGACCAGGCCACGACUUACUUCCGCACCCCGUGGCUCCGCAUUAAAAGAAGCCAUUUCAGCCCAUCAGGCUCUGAGAAACGCAGUGGCACAAGAGCAAUCCGCUUUGGAUGAUGAACUCAAGAAAAAUGAGCAAAUUUUAGCCGAACAUGAACAACUCAUGCGAGACUGGAGUUGUGAUAAGGAAGGUGUUUUGGCAACUAUUCAGAAAAUGAAGGAAAAAAUCGCAGAAAAUGAGAGCAAAACGACGGAGGCCAGGGCAGAGGUAAAACAAAACGAAGAAAUAGUUAAACGGCUUCAUGCCCGUAAUGAGGAAUACGAACCACGACUUGAAGCCAGUGCUAUUGAAAUCGCAGAACGCCUUAAGAAACGUGAAGAAGAGGAGAAGGAAAUGAGGGAACAACUCUUAACGUUUCAAAUAGCUUGCCAGGAGCGUGAACAACAGUACCGGGAUCAGAUCCACAAAUUGGAGGAAACUAACGCACAGGAAGCCGUUGAUCAUCAACAGAAGGUUCAACAGCUGCGCUCCAAAAUUGCUGAAGUGGAAGCAACCAUGGAGGAGGAAAGAAGGGCUUGGGUAGUAGAGACGGAGAUGCGGAAACAACAGAGGUUGAUUGAAAGACAUAAGUUCUUCACUGAAGAAGCAGAAGAGGCACGAAAAGGGAAGGAAGCCUGCGCCGCCAUCAUGAAGGAAGCCAGUGCCCUCAGAAUGGAUUCCAACUUACUGACCUCUCUCGAUGAUUUAUUAUGCUGUUAA